CGCCGGGGCUCUGCCGCGCCCCCGGCACCGGCCCCGGCACCGGCCCCGGCACCAUGGCCUCGGGGAAGGCGGCGGGCGAGCGGCGCUGGGAGCUGGUGCGCUGGUACGUGAGAGAAGGCCGGUUUCGCAUCGAGGAGAGGACGCUGACGGCUUUCCAGUGGCUGCACUCGCCCCAGCAGCACCGCAUCGUCAGCCGGGCGGACCUGGGCUCGCCCAGCAGGAUUGACAAGACGAUGCUCGCCAGCCUGAAGAUCAAGAAGCAGGAGCUGCUGGCCGGCGCGGAUGGGCCUCUGCCGGACCGGCCCCUGUCCCCGCCGCUCACCGCCCCCCCGACCAUGAAGUCUGCAGAAUUCUUUGAAAUGCUGGAAAAAAUGCAGGCACCAAAACUCGAAGAACAGAGAACUGGAAGCCAAAAACAUAAGGAGGACUACAUCCCGUACCCCAGCAUCGAGGAGGUCGUGGAGAAGGGGGGCCCGUACCCCCUCAUCAUCCUGCCCCAGUUCGGGGGGUACUGGAUCGAAGACCCCGAGAACCUGGGCACCCCCACCUCGUCCGACAGCAGCGUCUGCGAGGAGGAGGAGGAGGGCCUGAGCCCCGGCGCCGGCGGGUACCGGCUGGAGUGCAAGGGGGAGGCCAGAGCCUACCGGAGGCACUUCCUGGGCAAGGAUCAUUUAAAUUUUUACUGUACAGCCAGCAGCCUCGGAAACCUGAUCCUUUCUAUUAAGUGUGAAGAGGCAGAUGGCACUGAAUAUUUAAGGAUUAUACUCAGGUCUAAGGUGAAGACGGUGCACGAGAGGAUCCCCCUGGCCGGGUUUAGCAAGCUCCCCAGCAUCCCGCAGAUCGCCAAGGCUUUCUGCGACGACGCCGCGGGACUGAAGUUCAACCCGGUGCUGUACCCCAAGGCGUCCCAGAUGAUAGUGUCUUACGACGAGCAUGAAGUCAACAAUACGUUCAAGUUUGGGGUGAUCUACCAGAAGUUCAGGCAGACCCUUGAGGAAGAGUUGUUUGGAAAUAACGAAGAGAGUCCUGCCUUCAAAAGCUUCUUGAGUUUGCUGGGAGACACCAUAACGCUGCAGGACUUUAAAGGCUUCCGCGGCGGGCUGGACGUCAGCCACGGGCAGACGGGCGCCGAGUCGGUGUUCACCACCUUCCGGGAGAGGGAGAUCAUGUUCCACGUCUCCACGAAGCUGCCCUUCACCGACGGGGACGCGCAGCAGCUGCAGAGGAAGCGGCACAUCGGGAACGACAUCGUGGCGGUCGUCUUCCAGGAGGAGAACACGCCCUUCGUGCCGGACAUGAUCGCCUCCAACUUCCUGCACGCCUACGUCGUGGUGCAGGUGGAAGACCCCGCGGCGGACGCCGCCUCCUACAAGGUGUCGGUCACGGCGCGGGAAGACGUCCCCUCCUUCGGCCCGCCUCUGCCCAGCCCGCCGGUGUUCCAAAAAAGCCCCGAGUUCAGGGAGUUCCUGCUCACCAAGCUCAUCAACGCCGAAAACGCCUGCUGCAAGUCUGACAAGUUUGCCAAGCUGGAGGACCGGACGCGGGCCGCGCUGCUGGACAACCUCCACGACGAGCUACACGGGCACACGCAAGCCAUGCUGGGGCUGGGGCCGGAGGAGGACAAGCUUGAGAACGGCGGCCACGGGGGCUUUCUGGAGUCAUUUAAGCGCGCCAUCCGGGUGCGCAGCCACUCCAUGGAGACCAUGGCGGGCAGCCAGCGGCGGCACCACGGCGGCGGCAUCCCCGGCAGCCUCAGCGGCGGCAUCGCCCACAACAGCGCCGAGGUCACCAAGACCACCUUCGCGCCUCCGGUGCCGGUGGCUGCAGCCAAGAACCAGUCGCGGAGCCCCAUCAAGCGCCGCUCGGGGCUGUUCCCGCGCCUGCACACGGGCUCCGAGAGCCAGCCGGAGGGCAGGGCGCGAUGUGACAGCGUUUCCGGGGCCCAGAAGGUGCCGGACACGGGACAUUCGGCUCAAGAGACGAAGCCCGAAACCUCGUCCAACCCCAGCUCCCCCGAGAUAUGCCCCAGCAAGGAGCGGCCGUUCAUCAAGCUGAAGGAGAACGGGCGGCCCAACAUCUCGCGCUCCUCCUCCAGCACGAGCAGCUUCAGCAGCACGGCGGGCGAGAGCGAGACGCUGGAGGAGUACGACAGCGUGGGAAGCCAGCCGUCCACCGCCUCGCCCUUCAGGCAGGACGUGUUCGUCUACAGCGCGUCGCCCGGCGGCGAGAGCCCGAGCGGGGCCGUGGCCACCCCCGUCAUCAUGAGCCGGAGCCCCACGGCAGAUAUAAAGAACAGAAACUCUCCAAGGUCAAACCUGAAGUUUCGCUUCGAUAAGCUCAGCCACUGCAGCUCCAGCACGAGUCACUAGCAGGAAAAAGAAGUCACCGACUUUUAAAAGAGAAUUUCUGUGUCGGCAAAGGGACCCCCGUCUCCAGCGCCCCGCGGGACAGCGGUGCCGCCAGGCGCCUUCGCCGGCUCGGCCGAGCCCCCCCAGCAGCAACGGCGACGGAGCUGCCCCGAUCCGGCAUCCUGCUGCGGCCGGUGCUGGGGGCCGCGGGACGGGCGCCCCGCUGUCCCGGCGCCUGCAGGCAUCGUUCUCCGGGGGAAACGCUUUGGUUUUCCCCCUUUUUCCCCGGUUUGGGUGGCAGCCGGUCAGGCACGAGCACAAGCACUUUGGGGGCUGCGUGUCCGCCCCGGGCGGCCGGGUCCGGUGCCGCCUCCCGCUGCGGGCCGGCUCCUCGUCCCCGGGCGCUCAGCACCGGCGCCGGCUCGGCCGCCUUCUCCCCCGCGCCGCCGGCAGCCGCCGGUUUCCGUGAGCUCCGGGCCGGGAGCCGGCGGAGCGGGGCCCGUGCGGGUCGGUUCUCCGGCCGCCGGCCCGUGCGGGGAGGUGGGACGGUUCGCGUGGCCGCUGCGCUUUUCCCCACGUGAAACUCCCACCCCGGCCCUGGGGAGACCAACCGAAGCUAAAGCGGCCGUAUAGCUAAACAGUAAAAUUGGCGCUGCGAAAGAGCUUAGUCGAUGGGCUGGAUCUACAGGCAGGCAGACGCAUAAACCUCCAGGACCGCGGCACGAGGCUGCCUUGCCCCUUGCAGCAUCCGUCCCUCUGCUUCUGGCUGUGCUCGUUGGCUCCGAGAGAUGGGGACCGAGUCCUGUAAGGCGACUUCCCCGCAGCGCCCUUUCCAAGGAGCGCCCCUCCGGAAGGGCCACCGCAGCCCUUUGGGGCCUGCAGAGCUUUACCUAGGGUUUUCCGCAGUCUGUCCAGGAACUUCAGGAUGCUCCAAGGUUCCCCUUAGCGGUUUUCUAAACGAUACGCUGCAAUUUUGGGAUCUUUGCAAAAAAUAUCUUAUGAAAUUAAGUUUUUGAUUUCAAGUGAAAACAAAUUUUUGCGUAGGAACUCGUCCUGAAUGAAAACAAAACAUUGACUCCUAAAGUUAAUUUUACAUAUUUGGAGUUCAGAGGGGCACAAAAGUACCUGACAGCUAAUUUUAUGAUACGGAUGCAAAAUUGCACGUCUAGAAACAGGCUCCCAAAUGCUGGAACCGGGACCGUGGCAGCCAUCCCAGCGGAUGGCUUUCGGUGCCGCCGCUGGGGUUUCCCAGGGUUGAGCCGGUGCCGUGGGAUGCCGUGGUGGCUCGGAGAAGCCCAGGAAGAGCGCUGAGCUUCUCCGUGGAGGCAAAUGCCUGUAGGACCAGCCCAUCACCCCCUUCCCUCCCCACCCGGACCAGAGCAAAACCAACCCAGCCCCUUCGCUAGCCUAGGGCUCUGCAUGGUACUAGUUAACAACCUUCGUAUGAGGUGCGUACGGGUGCUCCCACUUAUGCAUGUAAUUUAUCCAUUUGAAGGGAAAAACUGUAGUCCUAAUGGGAGAGGAAUCAAGUUAAAGAAAGAAAUGCGAUGUGAAACAGCAGAGAACAGCUUCGCGGCAUCGACUGUGCUGUACGGGGUUAUCAAGUACGAGUAACCACCCGUGAUCACACUCCCUUCCGCUUUCCUUGAGUUGGGUUUAAACGGAGUUUAGACCUCCAGACCUUAUUUGCAAGAGGAAAAGCACAAUGUGUUUAGCCUGGUUUGUAGCUCGCUCUAGAUGUCUCAGGUUCCCAAUACUUUGGUGUUCAGCACUUCUGUCUGGGUAUGCUUCAGCACUUUUACAUCCAUCCCCACCUCUUCCCUUAGCAGCUCUUUGUUUGGUUUUCUUAUGCCAGGCAGUGAAAUACUGAUUGGUGGAAAAACUUGCUUUGAGGUUAUGUUUUUGGGUUUUUUUUUCCCCUAAGAAAUUGCUUGAUGUCAUCGCUCGCAUGGGUGUUGAUCUCUGUGAGAUCUUUCAGCGGAAGAUGCAGUGUCUACUGUGGGCUGGGUGUAUUUUUUUCAUUUUGUUUUGUUUUGUUUUUUUUACUUGAAACUGUGACUUUCCUUUUUGACCUGGAUUGAUAUUUUUUUUAGAGUUAUUUGAAUGUGAUUUAAAGGGGUGCAGGACAGCUUGAAACUACAGGGAGAGGGAUGCAACGACCCGGACUUGUCUUUAAGCGUCCUGGGACGGGAGAGGAGCAGGAGAGACGAGGGCUGGGACAAAGCUUUCCAGUUGCUCCCGAGCGUUUUGUGCUGUUUGCAAAGCGCUCCUCAUGGCUAGUCGUAAAAGCCUGCUACAGGAUCCGUAAGGACCACCGGGCUUUUAGCGCUCCCGUCCUCGCCGAGCUCUCGCGUGGUGCCUGCCUCGCAGUCGUGCGCGCUGCCUUUGCCUCCCGCGUCCCGUCCUGAGCCGUCGUGCCGCUGCGCUGGCACCGCCGGGCCGCCUCCAGCUCGGAGGCAUUUGCACCUCAGUGGGGGCGAAGAUGUUCCUGUGUGUCCUGCAAAAGGUUUUGGGCCGAACUCAUAUAUAUAUAUAUAUCAGUUAUAUAUAUAUAUUUAUAUAUUUUUAUAUAUAUAUUUAUAUAUAUAUAAAAUAUAUAUAUAUAUGUAAAACAAAGGAUCCUUAAUCAACACUAAAACUAUUGGGCAGUGCAUUUUUUUUCAUUUUUGAGAGAGAAACGGGUUUUACUCUUAAGCGAUGGCUAAGGCGGUUGUAGGUCCGUUUGGCCACGCAGCCGUGCCCCGGGGGUGUCCGGCACCAGCUGCUCCCGUGCUAAUGCGGGCGCUGCGGCAGCGCAAACCCUGGAUGUUGCCGUGAUUCCUGAAAAGGCGCUCGGAGCGAGGACAAGGGCCACAGCUCUGCUGCCACGGGGCUACGCUGCAGCGCGACGGCCGAGUGCUUUUCCCGAGGGAAAAGGGAUGCUCCCGCGCACGGAGCUGACCUCCUCCCAGGAGCCGGGGGGUCUCGAGGGGCCGGGACGCGUCGCUGGCGUGGCGGGACCUGCGCACCCCGGCCGCGGGUCGGGCUCGGGGACUUCGCGGCGGCAGAGCGGAGCACCGCUGCAGCUCGUGCCUGCGCCGCCUUGCUUGCCUUCACGCUUCUGCCCCGCCAGAGCUGGCAAAGACACCCUCGUUUUCCAGCAUGCUUUCAUUAUUUUUAAUGAAUGUAGCACUGCGUAUGUCCUGCAAAGGAAAAUGCUGAAUUUGUAUCAUUAGGAUGUGAAGAGAGUUUAUAGAGUGAAAAAAACCUUGAAGAGAUGUAUCUGACAAAAUAUUAUUUUUUCGUAGAGAGGCGGUGCUUUGUAGUUCCUGGUGGCCUAUGUCUGUUGUAAAUAAUGUACAUUUAAUUUAUUGCUAUGGUAGCAGAUUGUAUUUGUUAUGUAUAAAACUAAAGGUUCACAAAUGUAUAUUUUGUUGCUUAAAUGUGUCUUUGCAAAAUCCACAAUAAAUAACAUAUUUUGUGUC